AUGAGCACAACAGAUCAACCGACAAGUCAAGACGGGAAUGCACCCAUGGAUCCGCCAAUGGGCGAAGCCCGUCCCGUCGUUGUCGUCACCACAGCCGAACGUCUACCUGCGACACCCGGCGCAGUCAAGUCACCUAACAGCCAUGUAUCAGUGAUCGGGUAUCCUAGAGAUAAGCCUUGUGGUGAAAACAAUGGGGUGCGGCAGAUUGCCGAGGUUGUCAAAAUACUCGAAGACGCGGGUGUGCCAUGUUGCAUGGUUGCGGAACCACCUCUCAUCUAUUAUGGAACCGGCCGAACAAUGAUCGACUGGAUGAUAUGUGUCCCUACCGAACAACUCGACAAGGCCGCAGACUUGAUUCGGGCCGAGAAAGACCGUUUUGAACCGUUCAUGCCUUCCGCUAUGAAGAGGAAUCGCGACAUUGCGCAUUUGUACCCGCGCUUCAAGUUCAAGGGAGUUCGGUUAUUCUUUACAUUGUUGUCCUCGAAAGCCUGCCACAUCGUCUGCGAAUCUCAAAACAUCGAGCAUAGCGACAACGGCAUUCCGUACCCGCAACUUGACGUCUUCGCCCAAAGCCUUUUGGAUACGGGCAACUUUAUGGACUUGGAAGACUUGAUUGACGGCCUCUAG